AUGAUGGCGAAUAAAAUAUUUAGAAUCAAAUAAACAGAAGUAAAAUCUGGACAAAUUAUAGAAUAUAUUACAUCGUCUAAAAUUUUGGAAUAUAUUUAAGAAUAAAAUCAAUAUAAACCUGGGAGUUUAUAUUAUCAUCAUCCUCCUGAUAAAAUUGGCCUAUUGAUGAUUUGUUAAAGUAGCACCAAAUCAAUUUUUAGUUUCAAAUCAAAAACUAGAUAACUUAUCAAUUAUUUCACUUUUAGAAUUAAAGUAACACAGUAUUUUAUUUUAGGAUGAUCCAAGAAUUCAAUAUACCUUCUGGAAGUUAAAGAUAAGGAAGAUUUUUAAGUGA